UAUAACAUCAACUCCGCAUUUCGAAAACCACUCAUUCACAUUCGUAACCUCAAUUCAAAAUCCAUCGAAAGAAGAGGAAAAUAAAUAGAGGGACGAUGAUUUCGGUUCAACACUGUCAUAAAAGUUGCCUGCCAUCGGCGUGCGUCUUCGAGAACAACGUGACGAAGCCAGAAACGACGUCGUGCAGGAGCUUGAAAGUUGGGGAAAGCAACAGAAGGAAAAUAGUGAAGUGCAGGAGCAUUAACAAUGGAGGAGAGGCAGAGAAGGAGAGCGAGAGACGGUCGUUCUUGACGCUGGAGGAAGCUGGAUUGGUGGAGAUUUCUGGACUCAGCACUCACGAACGCUUUCUUUGCCGUUUAACAAUGGUUGGACCGGUCCAGCUAUCACCUGCUUUUAAGAAUGGCUCCAUCUAGCCAAUUAGACCGUUUAGAUAAUUGGACCUGGUUGAACCUUAUUAAAAUGGGCAGGUUUAGCGAACCAAAUUUAAAAAGGAACUCAGACCGGGUCAAAAGCGAGAAAAGGCGAGUCACAGAUAGAAAAAAAUGAUCACUCGACGCGUUCUGUUCUGUUUUCACUUCUUCUGUUGUUCACUCGUUGUCUUGUUCAGUCUCCACUCUCCAUUCUUCAACAGAACCUUCGUGCUCUCCUUUCAUAUUUCACCUCAAUCAAGUUCGUCGCUAUUGAGAGCCGUAUGAGCAACAAGAACUGGAAACUAUGCGGGGGGGAUGGAGAGAGAGAGAGAGAGCGGAGACGCAAAGGAAAGUAUAUUCUUGAGGAGAUGAAGAAAGAAGAUAAAUGGAGAGAGAAACAAGCGAGAAAUAAACCAUGUUACCUCCAUUGUAUCCACAACAAUAGCUGGAACUGGAAGCUCAUCCAGGAGAUUUAUGGGAGAGUGAAGUGAUGUUUUGAAAAGUUGAAGAUGGAAGAGAGAAAGGAAAGUGAGAUGGGAGAUGAGAUGAGUGGGUAGAUAUCCAAAAAAUUAAAAAAAUGAAACAUUAUAUAAUUAUUAUAUUAUUAAACGGGAAGUAGAUUGAUAUAGGAGGAUAGAAGAAUAAUAUAGUCUGUAUUUUAGAAUUCUUGAGCUUACUGCUUGGCUUGCUCGCUUGAAUAGAAAAUGACUCCAAUUUUGCUUUUGUUUUUUAUUAUUAUAAAACAUAUAAUUUUUUUCUAUUAUUUUAAAUAAAAUAAAGUGAUCGUAAUUUGCCAGCCUUAAAUACUAAAUAUAUUUUUUAUUAACAAAUAAAUAAGAUUAAAUAAA